AUGGCGGACGUGCGCCCCGCGCGGGCUGGGUCGGGCGGGCCGGGGCCGGGGCCGGGCGCGCGGACCCCCGGGAGCUCCCGGGCCGCGGAGGCCGCGGGCUCGGAGCCGCCCAGCGCGGGGGACGCGCUCUCCGGGGUGGGGGUCGUCUGCCUCCCGGUUUGGACUCGAGCUUCUUCGAACGGAAGUAGAGCGACAGCCCGGGCGGGGAGGCGUCCCGAUGCUCAGCGCGACUCCCGGCGCGCCGCCGCGGCUUCCUCCGGGCCCGGGGCGACGGCGGCUGCAGUCCCGCGGGCGAGGCGGCGGCCCCGGGGCCCCGCGGAGCGCGCCCUGCGGCCCGGCCCGGCUCACUCGGCGGCGCCGGCUGCGCCCCGCACUCGGGUCCCCUGCGCCCCCGCGGACGCGCGCGUCUUCCCGGGGCGCCCAGCCGGUGCCAUCCACGCCCGCGGCGCGGGGUCCGAGCGCGGGUCCGAGCGCGGGGCGGCGGGCGGCGGGCGGCGGGCGGCGGGGAGGCGCUGCGCCACGGCGGCGCGUCGGAGCGCGCUGGGCCGGCCGCGUCCGCGGGUGCGCGCCGAGGUCUGCGCUCCCGGCGCCCGCCGCCCUUAUAUCCCGCCGGCCGCCCGCAUGGCUAAUGAGAUGCAAAUGCGCAGCCCCCCAAUCUGGCGAGCGCUGUCACAAAGGAGCCACUUUUCCAAGCCCUCCUCUCAAUGGAUCGCCAAAUGGCUCGCCGAGGCGCGCGGGGACACGCGGGGGCGCGCGGGGGCGCGCGGGGGCGGCGCCGCUCCUCCCGCCCCGCCGGGGGCCGCGCGCCGGGAGCCGCCCGGGGACGUGUCCGGGGCCGCGCCGUCCCCGCCGGCCCCCCGCGCGCCCGCGGCCCGGGUCCGGGGGCCGCGGGGUCGCGCCCUCUCCGGGAAGGCCGGGCCGCGGGGGCGCGGCGGGGGGCGCGCGCCGCGGCAGUUUCGGGAAGUUUGGGGAGGUCUGGCCGGGGCCGGCGCCCGUGCGCCCGGGAGCGCAGAGCCGCGGCACGGCCGGCCGGGGAGGGGCGCGGCGCCCCCGGGACCCCCGCGUCCGCGCGCCCGCGGGCCCCUGCGCCGGCCGGAGGCCGCGGGGCGCGGGCGGGGCCUGGGGGGCGCCCCCACCGCCCCACCGCCCCACCGCCGGCGGGGAGACCCUGGCGCCCCACCCCGCGCGCGCGCGCCCUUCCCGGAGCAGAGCCCUACUCCGGCAUCCCGCUCGGUGCCCGUGCCCGUGCCCGUGCCCGUGCCCGUGCCCGUGCCCGUGCCUGUGCCGGCUCACUCCACGGUCUCCCGCCCGGCCCGGGUGCUCCUGCUCAGCCUCCGCGGCACCAAGGCAGCAGCUCCAUUCUGCUGGGAGGCGCAGGCGCAGGCGCAGGCCCAGGCCCGGCCGCUCGGAGCGCACCCGCCGGACGGGCCCGGCCUUCCCGCGGGGCAGGGUCACGGCGUGUCGCGUGACCUUUGUGCCCUGACGGGGCUGCGGCCGCGGCGCGGAAGCGAGGGCUGCCCGGGCCCCACGUGGCCGGUUGUCGGGGUGCGGCGCCCGGGGGACACCCCAGCUCCGCGGGGGCGGCGGCGGAGGCCGCAGGUCUGCCGCGAGUUGCAAAGGCAUGUGCUGAUUUGCAUGAGAAAGGGCGAGUCGCGUGCUCAGCUGGCGGCCCCGGCGCAGAUGACGGGUCCCCACCCCCCGCGCGCCCCUCCCCCGGCCGCCGCGGCCGCCGCGCCCGGACCCGCGGAUCAUCUGCUCGGCCGCCCCGCGCUCAUCUCCAUGACAAAGCGCGUGUUUACCUGGCGCGGCACCGGCGGGCGCGCCUUUGUCCGGGAUCGGAUGACCGCGCAGCUGCUCCGCCGCCGCGCGCCCGCCCCAGCCGCCCCUCGAGCUCGGCCGCGGCUGAGCGCGCGGGGACCGGGCGGGGCGCAGCGCCCGAGGGCUUCCCGGAGGCGGCGGCGGCGCGCGCGCGCGGGCGGGACCUCACGCGGGCCCGGCAGGUGCGGCGCGGCCCAGGUGGGCGGCGGGGACGCGCCGGGGGCUGGGGGGGGGGCCCUGCGCGCCCUCGCCCCCGGGCGGCUCCGUCACCUGCACGAGCGCCCGCACCUGGACGCCGCGGCCCGGGGCUCCGCAGACAAUGAGGAGGGAAGAAGAGGCGUCGAGGGGCGCCCCCGGCCCGCCGGGCCCCGGGACUGCUCUCCAGGACGCGCCCCGCCCGGGGGGUCUCGGGCACCUGUCGCCGCGUCCCCGGGGCGGCCCGUCAAUCACGCGGCCGGCGGGGGCGGGGCCCGGGGGCUUUGGGCUACCCCCCCCCUCCCCAAAGCGAGUCCCCCGGAACCGCGGCCGCGCCCGCCCCACGGAGUCCGCGCCGGACCGCGCAGCCCUGGGCCCGGCGAGGCCUCCGAGGCCGCUGUCCUUCCCCGGCCUCCCACCUCCCCUUUUCUGUGGUCGCAGAGGUCAGGGCGGCGCGUGCAGGCAGGUGACCCGCUCGCCGGGCACUCGGGGCUGCAGGGCACCGGCCGGGCCCCCCUCCGCGCCCCCUGCGUCCGCAGGGCUGCAGCCCGAGCGCUCGGGGGUGCAGCCCGGGAGGCGGAGGGCGACACGCCCUGCCGGGGAGCGGGCCCAGGGGAGGCCGGGGGGGGGCGGGGGGCUCGCACCCCAGAAGAGCCGCGGGCGCCGGGGGCUCCGGGUCCGGGGGCUCCGGGCUCGGGGGGCGGGCCCGGGCAGCCGCCCUCCAGCCGCCUCCAGCCGCCCGCCAGCCGCCCGCCAGCAGGCAGCGCUGCCCCGCCGACGCCCGCGGGAGGCCCCCGCCCGCGCGACCCCGACCUCGGAAGCACGCGCUGUUGCCGAGGCAACGGGCGCGGCGCCUGCGCAGCUCGCUGCCCCGCCCCCCGCGCAGGCCCCGCCCCCGCGGGGGCGGUCCCGCGAGCGGAAGCUGCCGAGCGGAAGCGGAAGUGCGCGGCGGGCUGCGGCUGGCCGAGGGCGGAGCGGCGCGUCCGUGGCUGUGCUGGCGCAUCUCUAGGUAGGCCUGCGCCGCCCGCCCGGCUCCGCGACCCCGGGGCGCGCCGCGCUGUCCCUCCCGCCCCUUCCGCCCAUGUCCUCGCCUCGCUCCCCGGCCGCCCGGCCCGCCGCGGCGGCGCCCUCCCUCCCCCUCCCCCUCCCCCUCCCCCCCUCCGGGGCCGCGCCCCGGGCUGCCCCGCCGCGCGGCUGACCCCUGACCCCUGCGCCCGCGGCUCCGGCUUGGGCGCCUCCCCCCAGCCACCCCUGGGCUUUCCUGAGCGGGGUCCAGCGCCCGUGCAGAGAGAGAGGACGGGUUCGCUGGCGGCGAUGAGCUUGGACCAGGCGACGGUGCCGAGGGUAGCACACAUGCGGGUGCUGCCCGGCGCCAGCUCUCUGGCCUCCCUUGCUGGCGCAGCAGGCAUCCCUUCCAUGAGUCUGAGCAAGCUCUCGUGGCCUGUGGGCCCGGAGAGGCUGCCGCGGGGUGUGUGCAGUAUGGACUUGGUCUUGGUGGUGGCUGUGUCCACAGCUGCCAGCACAGGGCCUGGAGCAUGGAAGAUGCUAGAGGAGUAUUUACAGAGCAAAUAUAGGCAUUUUGAACUCUCCUCUUGGAGUAGUCCUGGCUGUGGCGAGCUGCACCCCCCCAAGCCGCCGCCCCCUCCAGUCUUGACUCCAUCCACCCUCCACGCGCAGUCAGGGCACCCUUCAGAGACGGCCCCGCCUUCCUGGCCGGACUGCGAGCUGGGCGGUUGCUCUGUCCCAGCUUGCGGGCGCGAGGAGCCCACUCCGGACGUAAAUACGCUGCAGGUUAAAGGCCUUCGCGGAACAGGUGUCAAGCGCCUUCGAAACAUCCGUUUACUGACGACGUCGGCACCUCCGGGCCUGACGGAGCCUUCCUUCCCCGCGAGCCCUGUGCCCCCUCGUGGCCACCGUCUCUCCGCCCUCCGCUGCGCCCACUCGGGACGCCCGCCGGCCCCUGGAUCUGGCUGCGCCCCGCGGCCUUGCCUUGGCCACGCUCCGCCCGAGGGGUCCCCGUGGGCUGGGUUCUGA